UUGUCCUCGAAGCAAAAGGAGGAGAGACUGGUGGUUCUUUUAAGAGGAACAACCCAACUGAUCUUCUUCUCAAAUCGGUUUCUUCUUCUCAAAUCGAUUAGGGUUUAUACUCUUCCAACUCUCUCUCUUUCUCUCUCAGCUCAUAAUGUCGAAGAGUGAUGUCACAUCCAACCCCAAGGGUGGGUUCAGUUAUGAUCUUUGCAGAAGAAACGCUAUGCUUUCGGAGAAAGGUUUAGAGCCACCGCCUUUUCGAAAGACUGGUACUACCAUUGUUGGUCUAGUUUUUCAGGAUGGUGUCAUUCUUGGUGCAGAUACAAGAGCCACUGAAGGUCCCAUAGUUUGUGAUAAGAACUGUGAAAAAAUUCAUUAUAUGGCUCCCGAAAUUUACUGUUGUGGUGCCGGAAUUGCUGCUGAUACUGAGGCGGUAACAGAUUUGGUCAGUUCCCAACUAGUGCUUCAUGCCUAUAACACUGGAAGAAAAUCAAGGGUUAUUACUGCCCUGAAUCUACUUAGGAAACAUCUAACGGAGUAUAAAGGUAGUAUCUCAGCAACUUUGAUCCUCGGCGGUGUUGAUGUCACUGGGCCUCAUUUACAUACUAUCGAUCCUCAUGGUGCUAUGAAUACAUUGCCCUUUGAUGCAAAGGGUUCUGGUUCUCUUGCAGCAAUCUCAGUAUUUGAGACUAAAUACAAAGAAGGGCUCACUAGGGAUGAAGGAGUGAAGAUGGUAAGUGAGGCAAUAUGCUCUGGCAUUUUUAACGACUUGGGCAGUGGAAGCAAUGUCGAUAUUUGCGUAAUAACCAAGGGACACACAGAGUAUUUGAGGAACCAUUUGAUGCCCAAUCAUCCUCCAACCUUUGUCAGUGAAAAAAAUAAGGAACAUAAAUUCUCUGAGAAGUUUGAAGUUCUUUCAACAAAGGUUACUCCAUUGAAGGAGAAGGCUGAAAUAAUUGAAGAAGGAAAUUCAAUGGAAGAGUGAAAAGUGUGGAGAACCAAAUGAGUAUUUCUUCUAAUAAGUUUUAAGAAUGGAAUAAAU